CUCUCUCUCUCUCUCUCUCUCUCUCUCUCUCUCUCUCUCUCUCUCUCUCUCUCUCUCUCUCUUACCUGUGCUACACUACCUGCUUUAUACACUCUUGUACGCCUUUGUCUUCCUCCUCCUCCUCCUCCUCCUCCUCCAAAUAUACCAAGACCUCCAAAAGUUCAAACUAUUAUAAAAAAAAAACAUGACAGAAACAACAGAGCAAUUAGAAAACCAGAAGAAAAUAAAUAGGAAAUAAAAAAAAGUGAAAGCUGACAUAAACCACCACAAAAAAUGAUUAAGAGUACAAAAACAAAUCGAAAAAUAGAAAAAUAGAAACAUAAGCAAUGAAAGUGAAAAACAGCAUGAAGAAAACUUAUAUAAAACUGAUUAACACAACAAAACCAUGAGAAAAAAUAAACACAAACUUAAAAAGAAGAAAAUCAGCAUCAAAACACGAGAAAAUGUGAUUAAGAGGACAAAACCAUUAGAAAACUUAAACAAAUAAACUAAAACAGAAGAAAAUCAAACUUAAAAAAAAAAAAAACAUCAUAGAAGUUACAAAACCAUUAGAAAAAUAAAAAGAACCAUUAGAAUAGUGAAAAAUAUCAACAAUAACAACAACAACAACAUCAAAACCCCCAUGAACCAGCACCAGCAUCACUCACAACACCUCAAGGAAUAGAGAAGAGCAAUGUCUGAGGAUGUGAACCUGCGUGUGUCACUGGCUGGGGGGAGGGUGGCUGGUGGGCCCUCUCAGAUCACCUCCCUCCUGGGCCUAAGUGACAUGCCCUCCCCUGCACCCCAUCAGGAGACUCUACAGCAGAUGACGCAGGAGGAGAAGGAGAAGUACCUCAACCAGAAGAUGGAGAACAUGAGGAGGAAAAAUGAAGAGCUUCUCAAGAGACACCAGGAAAUCGAAGCAGACAAGAAAAACGCAGACAAAUUAAGCUCGACAGUAAUCAUGGACGAGGUGAAGCCUUACGUGAUGAAGGUGGGGAGGACACGGCCAGACAGACAGGACAGGCCGCCCCGGGACCCCGCCUCAGACCACCACGCUGCCCCGCCCCCGCCCCGCCCUGCUGAUAUUAUGCCGGCCAGACAGAGGCUCUCCCAGAGUGACGGCCCACCGCCAGACCCCUGUUACCGCUUCCUGUCUGACCCUGAGCGAGACGGGAUGGACGGGAGGGAGAGCCAGAGGGGGCGGAGGGAGAGAGGAGGGAGAGGGAGAGGCAGAAGAGGCAGAGGAGGAGGAGGAGGAGGAGGAGGAGGGAUGUAUGUGACGGUUCAGGAGAGGAGAACGAGAAAGGAGGUGGAAAAUGGAGAGGAGGAGGAGGAGGAAAUGACGGAGGAGGAGGAGAGGGAGAUAAUAGAGAAGAAGGAGAAUGGGAGGGUAGAGGAGGUGGCAGGGGGUCCUCUUUCUACCACAGCAGGGGAAGGGGAAGGGGAAGAGGGGAGAACAAGGACUACUACAUCAGACCGACCAUUUGGCAGGGGUGGAGGCAGGGGAAGGGGGCAGGAUAGGGAGAGAGAUAGGGGGAGACAGGAUCAUAGUUUCCCCUCACAGGAUAUAAGACUGGAGAAGCAGGAGCGAGGGGAAACUGAGGGGAAUGGGAAGGAAGGGGAGGAGAAGGGUAAGGGGAAAUUCACCUUUGCGUAUAGAGACAUAAGAUAUUUUCCUGAUGAUGGGGAUAAGGACAAGGAUAGGAGUGGAGGGGAGAGGGAGAGAGAGGGGAAAGAGAGGGGUUACGGCUAUCACUCCCACGAUGACUAUGAGGAGAAAGGAAGACACUGGGGAAGAGGAAGACAUGCCUAUGAUCAUAGAGGAGGAGGAGGAGGUGGAGGAAGAGGAAGAAGAGGAAGGGGCCACGGACAGUACCAGGAGUAUGAACGCUGGAAGGCUGAGAGGGAUGCCAUUGAUGAAGCUCGGCUCUCUCGUGGCCGCACUGAUGGAGGGGCGUGGCGGAGGGAGUGGGACAAUGACAAGAUGGAUCAAGGGGACGGAGAAGAUACAGGGCCGGCAUAUGACCCACGGUACCCACGAAGCAAGGGUGAAGGAAUCCGACUGGGAGACUUCAUGAGCAGCCCCGGCGAGUCCCAGGAAGGGGGGCCGGGGCAGGGGCAGGGGGGCCGGCAGCAGGGGGAGCGGCGGGGCGGGGGAGGCCGGGGACACAGAGGCGGCAACAAGAACAGGAGUCACUUUGGAAACCCCGACCAUAAUUCAGCACACGAGCAGGAGAUCAUGGCGGAGCUGGACCCAGACACAGUGUUCCGAGGGCGGCGAGUGGAGGAGCAAGGCGACCACUUCACCAUCUCCAUCAAUGCCUCCAAUCAGGGCGAGGGCAAGUUUGUGAGGGUUGGGUCAGGCCGAAUGAGGAGAGGCGCCCCGGAGAGUGUGGAGGGUGGCGAGCAGGGAGGUGGAGGGAGGCAGGGGCGUGGCAGGGGCCGUGGUGGUAACAAGAGAGAACGAGGCAGAGGAAAAGGCAGGGGGCAAGGACGAGGAGGUGGAGGAGGAGGAGGUGGAGGAGGAUCAUAUGGUAAUAAAGAAAAUGCAUACAGCUAUUCAAGCCAGCAGGGUGUGGGGGUAGAGGGGAGCACAGACCCCCACACUGACACCCCCGCCUCUUCCUCCCUUCCCACCGAUCCCCAGCCCUCCAUGGAGAGAGAGUCCCUGGCAGCCCCUCCCGCCGCAGCCCAGCCACUGCCCGCCAGCCCUCCAGACCUCCCUACUGAUGAUUCCUGGACAGAUGUAACCAGUGGGAAUGACAGUCUGGACACAUCAGGACUCAGUCAGGAGGGAGGUGCGGCGUCCAGCCCUGCGGAGGCAGGUCUGAUGGGGAGGUGCUGUAGCUCACCCCCGGGGCCAGGCCAGGAGACAAGCUUAAGAAUAGAGCAUUAGGCAACUGGGAUAGACGGAACAGACACGAAGGUUCCUGAGGAGAUCGGUGGAGAAAUACCGAAGAAACCCAUCAAGAAAUCGACAAUGGCUUGAAAACUGAGUCCCCAGUAGAGUGUGUGGAUGCAGAGAGUCUUGAGGAAGGUGAGGUGUACUGUGAGGCAAGCACUGAGGAGGUGGAGGAAGGGGAGCUUCUUGUAGGGGACUCAACAGGGAUGGAGGAGGUACCCAGGGCCUCUACUCCUACUCCUGCUGCAGAGGAUGAUGUGGUGAAGCCAGGUGCUGCUGAGGAAGACAGAGAGGUAAGGAGGGAAGAUGAGGAGGAAGAUGAGUCUUUGAAGUGUAGUGAGGCUGAUGGAAAGACAGUUAGUGAAGGAGAUACGAAGGAGGAAGGCACCCAACCCAUUCAGGAGACAGAUGGAGGAGAAAAGGAGGUAGCAGAAGAAAAGGAAGAGGAGAAGGAGACAUACCAAGAUUGCAAGGAAAUUGAAACAAGCAAAGAAGCACAAAUAGAUAGGAAUGAGGAAUGCAAUGUGGAGAAGGAAGAUGAGGAGGAGGAGGAGGAGAAGGAGAAGGAGAAAGAGGAGAAAGAGGAAGAGGAGGAGAGCAAAA